GCCCAGUGAAUGCGGAAGCUGAUCCCUUGCCUCUAACUACAGGCUGCCAAAAAAACUCGACCCAACACGACUAACGGUGCAAGCGCGUAUUCUAUGUCCCCAACAUCGACAAUUGGUCACAGAUGUGCAGUGACCCUGGGUGAGUUUCUCCACGGACUCAGGGUCGAUAUCAACACUCGUACGCGAAGCCUUCAGAGUAUCCUUACCAGCACUUCCUUUGAUCAUCAAGAGAGUGCACCCCAGAUUCUCCAUAAAAGAUUUGCUUUGUCAUCAUCGAAGAACCAUCUACAGUUAUGAGGAGGAGUCCUAAAUUACUGUUAUUUUUCCUAAUACUAGUAUUUGGCAUCACCUUCCCGCUUUGGCCAAAUUCCCCUUUGAAGGUGGUAUCCAUUUCGUUCCAUGGAUAUGGCACAAAUUAUUACAAACAUUUAAGGCUAGAUGAGCUGACAAAUAACUUGGCAAAAUAUAGAAACCGAAUGAACUUGUUUCACCAAAUCUUCUCCAGAGAUGAUCCAAACCAUUUAGUCAGUUUGAAAGCUCCACACCCAUCCACAGAGCCCGGAAUUAUGUUUGUGCAGACCUCCGAUGAACUAAACCCUUCGCCAUUGGCUAAGUGUGCCGUCGAAUCAGCUGCUCGAAGAAACCCAAAUAAAACUGUUUAUUACUUCAUGAAAGGAUUCAAUGGGAACAUAUCAGCCUAUCAAAAGCCUGAAUUCAAUGCCAUCCCUCUGCUUUCUUCAAUCCCGAAUGUUGUCAUCUUGCCCUUGAAUCUUGAUGAAUUAUUCAGCAGCACUCGCUUGGCUGACUGGUAUAAAGAGGUAGAUCCUGACAUGGAAGAAUACUGGAUUUAUGUGCUAUCCGAUGCCUGUCGUAUAGCGCUGCUUUGGAAGUACGGAGGAAUCUAUCUGGACACGGAUGUCAUUUCACUCAAGCCCUUGGAGUUCCAAAACUUCAUCUGUGCACAAUCAGAAAAUGGUGCUAACGGUGCAGCUUUGGGAUUUACCCGCAGUCAUUCCUUUACAGAGAUGUGUUUAACGGAUUACGUUGAGAAUUAUGAUGGAGAAGCCUGGGGCCAUCAGGGUCCUGACCUGAUGACUCGAAUGUUGAAGAAAUGGUGUGAAACUGAUAAUCUCGAUAACUUCCUUGACAAAGAAUGCAAAGGGAUUUUGUACUUGUCCAGUAACUGGUUCUACCCAAUUCCGUACACCAACUGGGAAAAAUACUUUGAAAGAGAUAGAUGGAACAAGAAUGAUAUUGAAAAUGAAUUCUCAAAGACCAGUGGGGCACAUAUCUGGAAUUUUUUAAGUGGUCAUUAUGAAACUCAAAUCAAAGGAAGUCUGUCAUUAAUGGAAUACUUCUUCAGUAAAUACUGUCCGAGCACAUAUAAAUCUCUCCCAAAAUGAUUUUGUUUGCAUAUUGUGUUGAAUAUUAAUUACUACAAAAUCACUGCUAACCAAACCAAUCAUGAUGACCUUUUCCUUUACUGAGAUUGUAUUCGAUACACACUAGAUGCAAACAUUGAUUUUUAUAUUUGAUAAAAGUUUGAUUUAGGCUAUUUUAUAUAUUACAGAUGUCUGUUUAAGAUUUUCAACAAUUUUCAGUGAAAUGGGGGAAAAUUCUGCACUAUUUUAUCCUAUUUAUUAAUCGGGUGAUGUUUGAAUGAGUCUAUUUGUGCAAUCAAAUGGCCUUGCAGGUUCAAAUUUUUUCAUUGAACUGAAUGGGGCUGUCGCUUUGUGAAAUCGUGCUUGUAGUUCAGCAAUUGGAAGAGAAAGAUCCCACAAGCUGGGCAGAUCUGCCCAACUCUUAACAGACAGCUUUCCCUCCAGCUAACGGUCUGGAGCCUGUAUCUGAGUGAGAUGCAGAACUGCUGCUCAGAGACAUUGUGUCAACUUGCUGUACGCCACUGUAGGAUCUUGGGUUUGGGAGCCAGAGAUAUCUAGUCAGUUUAUAAAGCAGGAACAGUUUACAUAUGACAUUUUGAGAAAGGUUUAAUUAAUAAUCUUGUUGUGCGGGGUCCUUUAGGGGACAGUGACCAUAACAUGGUAGAAUUCUUCAUUAGGAUGGAAAGUUAAGUAGUUCGAUCCGAAACCGGGGUCCUAAAUCUAAACAAAGGAAACUACAAAGGUAUGAGGUGUGAGAUGGCUAAGGCAGAUUGGGGAACUUCAUUAAAAGGUGUGAUGGUGCAUAGGCGAUGGCUAAUAUUUAAGGAACGAAUGUAUGCAUUGCAACAGUUACAUAUCCUUUUCUGGCACAAAAAUAGAACUGGAAAAGUGGCCCAAUCAUGAUGAACAAAAGAAAUUAAGGAUAGUAUUGGAUCCAAAGACGAAUCAUAUAAAGUUUCUAGAAAAAGUAGCAAGCCUAAGGAUUGGGAGCGGAUUAAAAUUCAGCAAAGGAGGACCAAGAUAUUGAUUAAGAGGGGAAAAUAGAGCAUGAGGGUAAACUUGCAAGGAACAUAAAAGCUUUUAUAAGUUUGUAAAAAGAAAUAGAUUAGAAGACAAGUGUCGGUCCCUUACAGUCCGAAAUGUGAGAGUUUACAAUGGAGAAUGAGGAAACAGCAGAAAAAUUAAAGAACUACUUUAGUUCUGUCUUGACAGAGGAAGACACAAAUAACUUCCCUGAAAUACUAGGGAACCAAAGGCCUAGUGAGAAAGUGGAAUUGAAGGAAAUUAGUAUUACAAAAACAAUACUGCUGGAGAAAUUAAUGGGACUGAAAGCUGAAAAAUUCCUAGGGACCGAUAAUCUACAUCCUUGGGUACUAAAGGAAGUGGCUAUGGAAAUGAUGGAUGUGUUGGUUGUCAUUUUCCAAAAUUCUGUGGAUUCUGGAACAGUCCCAACAUUUGGAGGAUGGCAAAUGUAAUCCCACUACCACUACACUCGUUAUGGGGAGUGAAAAAUACCCGUGGGGUGUGAUUUUCUCAUACAAGGAGGAUUAUGAAAGUUGCUUGUUCUCUCAAAUUUUCAUCCCUUGUGCCCUGAAGGCCUUCAUCCCCUCGAUGGGGUGUGGAAACCAUCCCUCACCUUCUGAAGCUCUUAUCUCCCUUGAUGCUGCAGGGAUACAAAUCCUAACUUUAAUAGGAUUGGGUGAGAGGCACUGGUUAGAGUGUUGUGUUCAUGUCUUUUCAUUUUAAAAAUGUGCCCCUUCUAGUUGGGAGCCAGCUGUGGACAUAUGUGAAACUUGUGAUCAAAGUUGAGCUUUUCCACCUGUCCUUAGAGACCACCCAAAGAAAGGGACACUCUUUGAGACUAAAAUGAAUUGUCUGCCUUUCCCACAGCAAUAAACACAAAUAUUUUGGACCUCUCUCCACUUUAAAACAAUUAACUUUUCCAAUCUUUGGACUGGCCCAUGCUGAAUGACAUUCAGCAGCUGAGAGGAUGUGUGGCUACAAUCUCCCAGGCUUCUGUCACUGUAAUCUUGAUCCAAGUGGUGAGAGAAUUGUGAUGAGUGAAGUUUAAAUGUUUUGCUCCUUAGUCAUUAUGAGCUGAUCAAAGAGAUGAGCUUUGAGUCUGGAGAUUGAAGAAUGGAGAAAGGGGGUUCUGUGUGUCUGCUUGGAGUAACUUUUUCCCAACAGUUCUGUUUAGUAAUGUAUUUGUAAGUGGGCAGGUGUUUCUGAUUCAGUAAGAUUAAACUCUUGUCACCUUUCCUCUUCCAAUGAGAAUGUCCUAAUGUUAUAAUUGAGAAGUGUGUUGGAGUCAUGAUGGCAGAGGCAGCCACACAUUGUAACAAUCGGUACUGUGGUUUAGGUAUUAAGAGAUUAUUACAUUACGGUUCUGUUUUUUAAUUUAGCUCUUUGCUGCUCAUACUCCCUAAGAAGAACCUCUUUCCUAGACCUACCUUUGUCAUGACAACUGGACCACCCCCUCCUCCCUCUAACUGCAAGUUCCUCUCCAGACCAGUGCUUAUGACCUGAGAUCUGGUACCAGGUAGCUAACACAGCCAUCUGGACUCGCAUACUUGGCUGCAGAGAACUGUGCCUAUCCCCAUGACUCCUACUACCACUACAUUCCUAUUCUGCCCCUGCUGGAAUGGCUUCCUGUUCUAAGGGGCCAUGGUCAGUUUGCUUAUCCAUCCUGCAGCCCCCACUCUCAUCCAUACAAUCUGCAAGAACCACAAACCUGUUGGUCAAUUGCGAUGGCCAAGGCUCCUCCACCUUUACCUUCUCGAACCCCAUUUCUACCUCACUCGCAGUCACACCCUCCUGUCCCUGACCAUGAAACAAAUCAGAAAACCCUAGAAGCUAACCUAAAAGGUGUCACCGCCUCCUGGAACAAAGUGCCCAAGUAACAUUCCCCCUCCCUGAUGCAUCGAGUGUCCAAAGUGCAGACUCCAGCUCAUUGACUCUGAGACGAAGUUCCUUGAGAUCCAGCCACUUACUGCAGACAUGUGUGCCUUGGGUCACACUGACACUCACGAGUACCCACGUAAUGCAGCUGCAGCACAUCUGCCCUGCCAUCUUUAUAGUAUUUCAAUUAUUUUACUAAUUAAAUUUUAAUUCAUACCUCCUAGUCCUGCCUGCACUUCUAUUUUUAUUAUUUCAGUUAAUGUUCUAUUUCCCCUGAUUGAAGUUCCUUUAUUUAGAUAAGAGAAAUGACUCACCCACCAAUUGCCUAAAUGCUUUCCUGCAAAAUCACACCUUGAUUUUUGUUUCUGAGUGUGGCUCUAUCUGGCUCCUGGAAGAAUAGCUGCUUUAUCUCCCGAAAACCCGCUGCUCUGUCUCCUGCACUCUCUCUGCUCUGUCUCCUGUUGUCGUAUGUGCCUGCAUGCCAAUGUAAUGUAAAGGUGCUCAGCAGAGCAAUGCUUAAUGUGAAAAUGGAGAAUAGCACCACCUGUGGUAUGAUGUAUAAAGUCAUAUGGUAAUAGAAUGAGAGAACAGUCUAGAGAGAACACUCUCGAGCCAGUCUGCAUGGAGAUUACAGUGCCACACAUGACAGUAACCUGGGAUCUGUGAAUAGGUAAAGAUUAACAUUAAAUGGUUCAUUUUUAAAUGUACAAAUCUCAAGAUCUCAUCAUUGAGAUAUCAAAAGAACCAAUAUUACAACACCUCCUUCACUCUCACUACUCUGCCUCCCACCCUCUGGCUGCACUCUGCCACCUGACAAAGUGUGUAUGGGAAAUUUCAGUUAGAGAAACAGCAUCAAUGCCAAGCACCUUUUGGUGCAAUGACCUUUGACCUUCGUGGCCCCACAAGUAUAGGUAGCUGAAGUUAAAAUCAAGAAAUUGUGUAUAUAUUGCCUUUAUAUGACUGAAUGUCAACUCCCUGUUAAUAAUUGAUUCAUGACUUUCCAUUUAAGUCAUUUUUUUUUGGUUCUGGCCUGUGCAUCAGCUCUAACCCUGAGGCCUGGAAGAAGCUUCCAACCACACCCCAGGCAGCUCCAAGUCGGAGAGUCUCAUUACUGAGUCAGGGUCAUUUUUUGCCAAGCUUCCCCCUGUCCCCAGAGUUUCUUGAAAAUUUAUAGCUUCAAUAAAUCUAUUCUUGCUGUGAUUGUAAUAAAUGCAUUCUAAUAAGUUGUGCAGAAUUAAAUUUGCUUUAAUUGUUA